GCUAGGCGGGCGCGGGGCCUCGACGCCUCUCGCGGGGAGAAGGCGGCGGCGGGUGAGGCGGGUUGUACCCGGCCACUUGGCGAGCCAACAAGCGCGGAGGAGAGCUGGGCUCCGGGCUGUGGCUACCGACCAGAUUUUGAUGCACCCCAUGCCUCCCUUUUAGGCAAUGCCCGCAUUGUGGGGGGUACAAAGGCUCGUGCUGGGAAAUGGCCCUGGGUGGUCAGCAUUCAGACCAGCUCCUACCACUUCUGCGGGGGGAGCAUCGUGCACCCCUGGUGGGUGCUGUCUGCAGCUCACUGCUUCACAGACAGAAGGAAAGGCAUCAGGGUGGCAGCAGGAAGCAACUACCUGGGCAGGAACAACGUCACACGCUGGGUACGGAAGAUCCACCUCCACCCACUCUACAACCCCAAGACCUACAACAACGAUCUGGCGCUGCUGCUGCUGCACAAGCCCAUCCCCCACAGCUGGUUCCACACCGCCCUCUGCCUGCCGGACCGCACCAUCGUCCCGGACAACAGCAUGUGGGAGAGCUGCUUUGUCGCCGGCUGGGGCCUCACCAAAGCUGGCUCAGACUUUGCCUCCCUUGAGUUGUUGGACAUUCAAGUGGGCCUGGUAGACUGGACACUGUGCCUGCGGUGGCUGCACUCCAUCACCAGGAACAUGGUGUGCGCCGGGUUUGAGGAGGGCGGCCGGGACGCCUGCCAGGGGGACAGCGGGGGGCCCCUGAUGUGUCUCCCGCCCAGCCACAGCGGCCACGGCAGCCCCCGGCGCUGGUACCAAGUGGGCAUUGUGAGUUGGGGUCGCAGCUGCGCGGCCCCCCGCAGCCCAGGCGUCUACACGCAGGUCUCCAACUACCACUCCUGGCUGGAGCAGACAUCAGCACACGAUGGGCGCCCCUUCCGCGUGCCCCAGAUCCCUGUCAGCUCUCCCCUGCAGCACGAGAAGCACAACGAUCUCUGGGCUAAUGUGGACAGCGGCGGUGACCCCUUGCCCCCCCCACCUAUGCUCUGCUCUGCUGCCCUGGCGGUGCUGCUCUUGGGCCUGCGCUGAGGAGCAACCAGCGAGGAAGGGCCACCGGUGUGGGGAGACUCAAAGGAUGCCAAGCAAUGUGAGGGAUUCCCUCAGCUUGGCUUGGCAGUUCAAUAAAUAUUCUUGGAUACGCCUGGCUCUCUGCUCGUGUGGCGUUGGGAGGGAAGCCCCCAAAAACAGUGGAAUGGGGGUAGGAUCCCUCGCCGGUGGAGCAGAGGAAGUGGCAGGGCAAGUCAGGGUAAGAAAUAGAGAUGAUCCCCCGCAUGCCCCUCACCCAUCCAGCUUCAGCUGAGCACUUGGCAAGCUUCUCCGCAGGCUCAGAGGCUUCUUGCUUCCGCCAUGGUGAGCCUUGGGGUAUGUGGUAGGGCCUUGAGUUUGGUGUUUUCCUCCCAACGCCAGUGGGACCCAACGGCCAACGUACCCCUCCCCCCAGUCUAGCUGUGAGGAAAGAAGGCGGCUCACUCCAGCUCAGCCCUGCUUGUGUGAGAGGGGAGGACAGCAACUCAUUCACAGCUGCCGAAGGUCUAGCAGCAGCAACAGCAGGAAGGGGCUGGGGGUCUCGACCUCAGACCUAGCCCAGGUGUGGCAGAAGAGACCCAUGUAGGGCUCUGGCACAAGUGCACCCGGUUACGUGCCAUGACAAAAUGGGCAUGUAGUGGAGAGCCUGCAUUUAGAUGGGUUCACUUCCCCAGGGAGUCACCCUCAAAAAUGGAUGCCCUUAAUCUUGCUCAAGUAGUUGAGGCAAUGGAAACAGGCAGAGCAAUGUGGGAGGGAACUGGGUAUGCCCUCCCCCUCCAUGAUCUGGAGGGAACCCCAAGCUGAGCACCCUCAAAUCCCAGGGACAUGAAGCUCACCGAGGAAGCUCAAGUGGCAGGCGACAGGGCUCUGCGGUCAGAAAGUGGCCUGGCCUGGCUGGAUGCAUGUGAAUGGGAUGGGGGGGAAAGGGACAGGGAUGCCCUGGUGUGUGUGUGUGUGGAAUGGAUGGCCUCUAGGGGCCCUUCCCACUUGAGGUUGCUGUAAUACGGGAGAGGAUGGUCUUGGCAGGUGAGGCCCUGGGCUUCUACGUGGGAACGGGGGUGGAGAAGAGAGGCUGCCUGGGGAACAGCAUCAGGAAGAAAGAUGCGAUUGUGAAGAUGCCACUUAUUACCAUAUAUGGUGGACUUGUAAAAAAGUUAAAGCAUUUUGGAUUAAAGUAUGGUGGAUCAUGCAGAAUAUUUUGAAAAAGAAGAUUAAGUUUACCCCGCAGUUCUUUUUACUAGGAAUAAUUAUGGAUUGUACAGCUAUAGAGACUAAAUUGAUUUUGAACUUAAUAACAGCCACGAGACUUUUGAUUGCUCAAUAUUGGAAGAAAGAAGAAUUACCUACAAUUGAAGAAUGGACACUCAAAGUAUCAAAUCUGGCAGAAAUGGCAAAAAUGUCUGCUUACUUGAAAGACUAUACACAAGAAAAAUAUAUUUUAGAAUGGAAAAUGUGGAUUGAUUAUAUUCAAAAUAAGUAUCAGAUAAAAAAAUAUCGAAUAGCAUAUAAGUAAAUUUAGGAAAUAUUUUGUAUUAGAUAUAUUUUUGAAGGAGAGGGGAAUUGAGAGUGUGAUUAUGUGUGGGGUGACUAGAGAUUAUAAUUUAGGAAUUAUUUUGGAUUAUGAUUGUUAGUUUUGAUACCCUGCAUUUUGUUCUGG